AUGGCGGAGCCCAAGACCAAAUACGAUCGUCAGCUCAGAAUUUGGGGUGAGCAAGGACAAGCAGCCCUCGAGAAAUCAAGCAUCUGCUUAUUGGACUGUGGCCCUACCGGCUCAGAAACACUGAAAAAUCUGGUUCUUGGCGGUGUUGGAAGUAUUACUGUUGUUGAUGGCUCUAAAGUUGAACUGCGAGACCUUGGGAACAAUUUCAUGGUGGAUGAAUCGAGUGUCGGCAAAUCCAAGGCGAAAACUGUGUGUGCUUUUCUAGAGGAGCUGAAUGAUGCAGUGAAGGCCAAAUUUAUUGAAGAAUAUCCCGAAAAUCUCAUCGAAUCUAACCCUUCGUUCUUUCAUCAGUUCACAUUGGUAGUUGCCAGGCAGCUUGUUGAACAUUUGAUGGUGAAGCUGGACAGAAUAUGCCGUGCUGCAAAUGUAAUGCUUAUAUUUGCACGCUCUUAUGGGCUUACUGGUUUGAUUAGGAUCAGUGUUAAGGAACAUGCAGUGAUUGAAUCGAAGCCUGAUCAUUUUCUGGAUGAUCUGCGGCUCAAUAACCCAUGGCCAGAACUCAAAAGGUGGCAGAUGAGUGGGCCAAAACGCAUAAUGGAAACCUUCCAUCAACAAGAGAAGAGAAAAAAUUAUAUAAGGAUUUAA